AUGAUUGACGUGGUGGAUUUGGGUGUUUACAGAUGUUAUGCUCAACUUGAAGGCCGAAUUGAAUUUUGUCUGAAGAUUUCUAUGAUUGACGUGGUGGAUUUGGGUGUUUACAGAUGUUAUGCUCAACUUGAAGAUGUGCUGACAUUCAAAGAGUUCCAAGUAAAACGAGCUCAUGAACCAUCAUUAUUGAAGUCGUCACCGAACAUUAUCUUCUACUGUCAAUUCAGUAUCGGAUUGUUCAUUGUCGUGCUACAUGUUCUUCCAUUUGAUGACGAUAACUCGAACAUCACCACAACAUCCUCCAUUGAUCAUGAACACUAUCACAUACCAGUUACUUGCUGCUUAGCCGAGUAUUCAUGGGAACAAACAGACUUCAAUUGUUCGACGCCAGAAUAUUCGCACUUGGAAGAACGACGACAUUCUCCAUCAUUCCAUCAUCUGGAUGACAUCAGUCAACGUCGUGUCGCUCUGUGGCGUCAUAGAAUUGCUGCUAUGCCUGCACCACUGGCGCAAUUUGACAAGGAGACGAACAUAAUGGCCAUUGUACAUACUUCAGUAUAA